AACAACCCCAUCCAUAUCACCAAUCCUCACUAAACUCUCCCUAGCAUCCGCCAUGGCCCCCACCGAAAUCACCUUGAAAAAGCGCCGCACACGAAAUGACUACAUCUUCCACCAAGUCCACCGAACAAGAUGGUUCGACAACGACAUGUACGCCCACCUCAACAACACCGUCUACGCAAUGCUCUUUGAUAGCAUCAUCAACACCUACCUAAUCACCCACUGCGGAAUGGACCCCUUCAGCAUCAACAACAAAGACCCCGCAUCCACAUCCGCAUCCACAUCCCCAACCAAACCCUCCCAAGUCGGGAUAAUAGUCUCCUCAUACUGCGAUUACUUUGCCUCGGUAUCCUUCCCGGAUGUAUUGGACCUCGGGCUCCGAGUCACGAAACUAGGGUCGUCGAGCGUGACCUACGAAGUGGGGGUGUUUAAGCAAGGGGAGGAAGAUGUGAAGGUGGUGGGUGGGUACACGCAUGUGUUUGUGGCGCGGGAGACGAUGAGGCCGACCAAGGAGGGGAUGGAGGAUGGGUUGAGGAGGAGUCUGGAAAAGUUGGUGGUUGGUGGUGGUGAUAAGGCGAAGUUGUAGUAGGUCGGCGCUUCCAGCUGUCUAUCUACUAUCUACUAUUGCUUUCUGGUGUGGUUGACGAUACUGAUGAUAUUUAUUGGAGAUGCCUGUUCCUGGUGAACGGGGGAUAUAGAUAUGUAGACUUUUGUUUUACUCUUUCUAGCAUGAACCUGAAUGAUAUAUGACGAGGUGCCCUGGUGGCAUUUGGCAUGUGGCGGC